AUGGCUUCGUCGCCUCCACCUAUAACAUCUCCACCCCCAACUAGUCCACCACCUGCACCAUCUUACCUACCACCACCACCACCUGCACCUCUGCUGAGUAGUUCACCACCACCUCCGGCUACUAAUCCAUCAUCUAGCUCACCUCCACCUCAAGUGGAGCCCCCGAAAACUGGGGCUUCUCCACCACCAAAGUCGCCUGUGACUCCAACUCCACCAUAUACUCAGCCUCCAAAAUGUUCUCCGCCUCCACCACCAUCGUUUAGGCCGUUUGAAAAUUCCCCUCUGCCACCAACUGCUGAGCCGCCUAAAAGUUCAACUCGAACUCCACCUUCACCAUCUAAGCCACCCAAAAAUUCACCUCCAUCUAUAGAAUCCAAGCCUCCAAGAAGUUCACCUUUUCCUCCAAAAUCAGAUCCUACAAAAGCUUCACCCCCUCUACCUGUGUCAUCGGUACCCCCUAAUAACUCUCCCCAACCGCCAAGUCUGGUCCCUUCACUACUUUCUCUAUCAACACUUCAACACUCCAUCAGAUGGUCUUUAAGGGUUUCGUCGCUGGUCGGUUGGUCUCUUCGUGUUGGAGGGAGACCAAGUAACAAGAUGCCUGAUGAAUACUUGGACAUGAAAGGACAAAAUUGCCCUUGCACUUCACGACCAUCAAACGGUAAAGUUAAUUGUAGACUAACAUUGUCCAACUUUUAA